AUGGAAGGAAUCCAGACUAAGCUCAAGGAAGACGCUGCGAGUGACCUCAGUGCUUUCAUGACUCCAUACGAACUCAAGCCUCGCCACUCCGAAGUGAAUCUAGACCACACUCAAAAUCUAGGAGCGCGGAUAACCUGCGCGCACUCGCUCUACAAACUCUCGUGCCAGGUGGGCAGUGAACUAGCGAUCAUCGGUGGUGGAGCCAUCGCGCAGAUCGCCGACUUCAGCGACGUGGAAGACUCCAAGGUCUUGCGGUACUCAGCUACAGUUCUCGUCAACGUCACGACUGAUCUAUCGGUGCUGGAAGACUUCGCGUCAAAGGACGGUGUGUCGGCCCUGCUUGAACUGAGCUGGACGCCUCUGAUGGAUGUAAAAGUUGCCUGCACGACAGCACUUUGCCGCCUGUCCCAAAGUCGAGCGCGCGCUGCGGUGUUAGUGCGGUGUCGAGCGAUAACGGAGCUGCUGUCGAUGCUCACAGUCCCGCACGUUCCUCUCCAGCAGUUGGUGGUGAGCUGUAUCGCGAACCUCGUCUUCUACGGACACUCGUUCCCCGACCGCGUGUUCGUUGGCGACCCGCAGGCGGUUCAAAGUCCUCUAGGGCUGAUGAACGUCAUCAGUCAAAUGUCGGCGUCGCCGUCUACGUCUCAGUCCGCGGUGGAGGCGCUGUUCAACUUGUCGCUGUAUCGCUCAAGCUGUCUGGGUGUACUCCGUGGUGGAGGCGCCGAAACGCUGCACACUUUGGUCAGCCAGCUCUGCAAACUAGUCGACGGCAACGGUGGUGGGUCCAGCUCACGAUUUUUGCUAAGUCUUGGUGUUCAGCCUCCUGCGUGGACCGCCGACAUGAGCGUUUGUAUGAGGCUGCUGCGUCUAGCAGCCGACACGCUCGCCAACUUCUCGGCGCACGUCGAGUAUCACAAUAUGAUGGGCUCUCACGGCAUUAAAUCGCUGAGUUUGAUGCUAUCCGGCGCGCUGCGUGACGUGGGAAACUUCAACUCGAGCGUCACGACCGAGGAGAGAUUCCGCUGUACGAGCAUCCCAUGUUCGCGAGCUUUGGCAAACUUCUCCAGUAACAUUGACCUGCGGCGACAAAACUUCCCCCAAGAUCUGAUCCAGCAGGCUACAAAGCUAGCGCUGAUGGACCACAAGCGAUACGCUGCCAACGCGCGAGACGCGCGGACGCUGAUGCGCAAUGCAAUUCGAACUCUGUGCAACCUGAGCUUCGAGAGCUCGUGCAGAUCCGCCUUCACUGAGGUACCCCAGGUACUCUUGAUGCUACACGCGAUCACGCCGAUCUGGUACUUGCGAUCAUCACGCGCCUCGCACGCGUCUGGAUUCCCCUGGACCACGGACAUGUCGGAGGACGCGAAGGAAGACGCGCUUAUUGCUCUUCUUAACUUCGCCCAGCAAGCGACUUUCGCGAACGAGUUGCUUCGGACGUUGGACGGGAAGCUUCUGGCGGCAGCAGCUGAAGACGUUGGGCACUCGAGGCGCCUCCGAUACAUCUACGCCUCAGUGCUCUGCAACCUGCUCUUCGAUAACUAUCUACAGCAGCUCGUGUAUGGCGAUCAAAAAGACCAAUUCCAGGCUCUGAACUUGGCGUUUGAUGACGAUCAGGAGCGAUUUCUGGCCUCGAUCUUCCUCAUCGCUAAUGAGUUGAUGGAUAUGGCGAACAUUGAGCUGGUGGUGAUGCUUGCUCUGCCUUGCAUGAAGACGUACCUGAGUUUGGCGACGUCGAUCCCCUCCAAUUCCCCUCCGUCACAUCCGCGGCGAAUACAGCUGCAACGACAGCUCCCGAUAACAUGCUAUGCCUCAGCAUCGCUGUUUGCUUUGACUCGAGCUGCCACUCAACGACGUGACAGUCAGAAGCAUGUCACGCAUUCGGACGAGGCUGAAAGUAUGCUGAUUGCGGCAUUUUGUGCAGCGACGCUGUAUCACCUGUGCGCCUCAACAUCCGUGAACCUGCGCGUGAUCCAAGGGCUUAUCAACUGCUGCAACGUCAACGAGGAGUCCCAGUCUCUGCUGGCUUGCUCAGCGGCAUUCGCCAUUAUCUCGUUCACAGCCGAAGGUUGCCAGCAACUCGUGCAGUGCGCAGACUUGGCCCGAGCGCUGAACCGACUUGGUCGUACUAGUCAAGUCGAGUGUCAGCAAUACGCAGCCAUUGCAGCCUGUAACGUAUCUACAGUGGCGUGUGUUUGGUCCUCCGCAGAGCUCAAGGACUUCAUUGUUGUCGCUCUACUGCGAGCGAACUCGAUCCAGGCAAAGCAGAUUCACGCCAAGACGCUGUCCAACCUGCUAUCCCAUGGAGCGACGCGCCCGAAGGUUGUCGAGGAUGGAGUGUUCAGUAUCGGCUUGCGGGCUCUCUUCAAUUUAUCGUGCGACCGUCAGUAUCAUCACAAACUCUUAGCGAACGGGGUCAUGGCGUACCUUUCAACUGCACAACAACAACUGCAGUGUCUAGCUGGCCAUCUCAGCAUGGAGAGUCGAAGGUUCGCGCUCGCCAUCAUUUGCAACCUGGCAAGCUACGAAGAAAAUCACAAGGAGCUCAUGCGCGCUCAAGUCAUGGAGGUCAUUCGCAACUACGUGGAUGGAGAUAUCGAGUCCCGUGCUUCCGCUGCGAUGGCACUGCGUAACCUGAGCUGUCGCCAACCCUGGGUGGAGAUGCUGUGCGAGCGCAAGACGUUGCAGCUUUUGAUUCUCUGUACGGAGUGCGAUCACCCUAUAGUUCGGCAGUUCGCCAUCGAGGCGUUAGCCAAUUGCUCACUGGUGACGGAUUCGUUGCACUUGUUUGGAGAAAUGCGUGUUCCUCGAGCAGUAUUGACGCUGCUGGAGGUCACGGCGAAUGGGUUGCCAGCUACUAGUACCGCAUCACCCGUUUCCGUCACCUACAUGGCAGCUCUCAAGUGCCUCCACAACAUCGCUCAUGACGAUUCACUAGCGUUGGCUCUGAUGGAGGAGAACAUCAUCCUGCGCCUUCUACCUCUGCUGGAAUAUCGCGCGUUGGGAAGUGACGUCUAUGCGUGCGAACUAGCAGCGAGUUUGACGCAUACACUAGCUGGGAAACCGAAAUGUGCCGAGGCAUUACUACGUCAGCGUACUGUAAGCCUCUGUGCUCUGUUACAUCGACGGCAUGCCAAUAGCAGCGUGAUAGCACGCGAGUGCGUCCGCGUUCUCAUGUUGCUAUCCACGUAUCAGCACAUCCAGUUGCAGUUAUGUGAAACUCAAGCUGUGCAUGUAAUUGUGAGUAUCUGCGGCGGUGGCGGUGCGUCGACGACAAGUGCGAAUCCUUUGGGGUCUGCAAGAAACCUGCGACUUCGAGAGUGCGGCGCUGUCACGAUCCGAAAUCUCACGCUGAGCGUCACGGAGCAUCUUGCGUUGUUUUACGAAAAACACGACGACGGGGAUGGAUCGCUUUACGAUGUAGGCGUCACCCCCGCAGACAAACCGGUGGACACCAUGAAAGACUUGGAGAAGGAGGACGACAACGAGAGUGGGGACCCUGACAAAGACGCUUCGGUUAGUCUCAUGCUGGAACGGCACAUGCUGCAUGGGAUCAAGUAUUUCCAAGAGGAGAUUGUCUCGGGUCAAGCCAGUGAUCGCAUUCUACUGGAAGCGAGUGCUGCUAUCGCGAAUUUGAGCACAGUCAAAGUGUUUCGAGUGGCGAUGGUAAGACGGGGCAUGAUCCAGACUCUGCUGCAACUGAUGAGCCAGCCGAAGCCUAAAGCGCAGCGGAUGACGCUGUCAACUCCAGUUCUGACGCCGGGACCUACGUCUCCGUUGCGACUACGAAAUACGUAUCGCAAUAGUCUACUAGGACGGAUUUGUGCCGCUACCUUACACCGGUUAGUGGUCGAAGAAGGCGCCGCCGUCGACGCUCGCAGCCAACUCAUUCCCAGCUUGCUCUCGGUGUUGCGACAGACGGAUGAGGAGCUGCAGCAAGUGCGCUACGAGUGUGAAAAGAUCUCAAUCUUCAGCUUCAACAUGCAAAAGUGGAUGGUGUACGUGCUCAAGACCAUCCUCUCGUCGCAGGCCAUGAUCCCUCAGCUCGAGAAGAAGCAGAUGCGAGUGCUUGGGACGCCGAAGUUGUGCUUCCAGGACCUCUCACCUGGCGCAGCAGUGCCAGCUCCAGCUCCAGUCCCAGCGAACGGCAGCACCAGCAGUCGAAGCACCAACUCUGGCCCCCACAACGACGUGGAUACUACCGGUGAGGGGGGAGGGUAUCUGCUGCCUGUGAGCAUGGAGAAGCACGUCAUUCGACGCAUCAACGGGUCGGAGGAGAUCGUGCCGAUCUCGGUUGCAGCAGCCACCAGCAGCGCGACGUCAAGCAGGAACCUGGCAGCCGAGCGAGACGCGUCGGCCAUCGACCCGCAAGGACACGUGCGCAAGUUUGAUCGGCAGAUGCGGCUGCUGCGGCGCAACGACCGACGCGACAUCAGCAGCCUACCGCCGGUGUAG